AUGUUUCAAAAAAUCGUCAACUUUUGGUUUUCUAGUUUUAUUACUGAACGCCUUUUAGCAAGUCCUUUAUUCAACCGUAUGGCUGCUAAAACACAUCAGCAUGUUUCUACAAUCACUGAAAAGGGUGCUAAGACAGGAGGAGAAUUCAUAAAAGCCUUUAGAGAAAAUCUUGAAAAGGAAGCCAGAAACUCUGGUAGAAGAUAA